AUGAAACGCCUUGGGGGCCAGGAAGCACAGGGCAAGGUGGAGCCUUUGGAGGCAAGCAAGCUUGUGCUUGCAGCGUGGGGAGAAGUCGGGGCAGACGUUUCUAAGGGUGGUUUUCCCUCUGCAGGGUGUCCCAUGGGCAACAGCAGCAGCCGGCUGUACAGCGCGCUCGCCAGGACGCUGAGCAGCAGCGCCGUGCCCCAGCACCGGGACUGCUUGGGGCAGCCCGACCCAGCGCAGCUGGACCCCAUCGACCCCAAGGACCUGCUGGAGGAAUGCCAGAUGGUGCUGCAGAAGCGCCCGCCCCGGUUUCAGCGGGACUUUGUGGACCUGAAGGCAAGCGCCGCCAGCAGCCACCGCCCCAUCAGGGUCAUGCAGUGGAACAUCCUCGCCCAAGCUCUCGGAGAAGGCAAAGACAACUUUGUUCAGUGCCCCAUGGAAGCUCUGAAAUGGGAAGAAAGGAAGUGCCUCAUCCUGGAGGAAAUCCUUGCGUACAAACCCGAUAUCUUGUGCCUGCAAGAAGUCGACCACUACUUCGACACCUUCGAGCCGCUCCUCAGCCGGCUGGGCUACCAGUGUACUUUCUUCCCAAAGCCGUGGUCCCCGUGCCUAGAUGUGGAGCAGAACAACGGGCCGGAUGGCUGCGCCUUGUUUUUCCUGAAGGACCGCUUUGAGCUCAUCAACAGUGCUAAUAUUCGGCUAACUGCAAUGAAGCUGAAAACCAACCAAGUGGCCAUAGCUCAAACGCUGAAGUGCCAUGAAACUGGAAGAGUGUUCUGCAUUGCUGUCACUCACCUGAAAGCUCGUACCGGCUGGGAGAGGUUUCGGUCUGCGCAAGGCUGUGAUCUUCUCCAGAACCUGAAGAAUAUUACCCAAGGAGCAAAGAUCCCUCUGAUAAUCUGCGGGGACUUCAACGCGGAGCCAACCGAGGAAGUCUACAAAGAGUUUUCAAACUCCAGCCUCAAUUUAAACAGUGCGUACAAGCUGCUGAGCCCCGAUGGGCAGUCGGAGCCGCCGUACACCACCUGGAAGAUCCGGCCCUCGGGCGAGUGCCGGCACACACUGGAUUACAUCUGGUAUUCGCAGCAUGCCUUGAAUGUGAACUCAGCUCUGGGCUUGCUGACUGAAGAGCAAAUUGGGCCCAACAGGCUGCCAUCGUUCAAUUACCCUUCAGAUCACCUGUCUUUGGUGUGUGACUUUAGUUUUAAUCAAGACCCUGACAGGCUGUUAUAAUUUGCUGGAAUGCUGCCUGGUAUUGCAGUGUCUUAAUUCACCACUUUAUUUUAAAGAGAACUUUUGAAGCUGGAAACUAUUUAAGGUGAGGAAAUACUGUUGACUAAACACUUUUUUCAGGCACUCGUUUGGAAUUACACUUGCCAUUCAGAGCUUGUUAAUCUGAAGCCUCCACGGGAGGGAGGGAGGAAGGAAGGAAGGAGGAGGCAGCGUUCUUGUUGUGUGUGUCCUUGCCACAUCAGGGUUUGAAAGGAGGAAGGAAAGUAAGUUUCUCCUUUCGCUAACCCCUCUGUCCAAGGCUUUAAUCCUCUAAUGAAUGUGGAGGCUCUCCAUGUUUAAAUUAAAAAUCACUCGUGUAUGUAAAACAACUUGCCCUGACAGCAUGCUAAUUUUAUUUAUUUCAUGUUAAGCUUGUACAAGUACCAAAGGGAAUGAGGCUUGACUACUCAGUAAGUUUUUUUAUCGUUUGCAGUAUGAAGGAAGGUGAAUGUAUUUUAGACACGAACAAUUCCAAGCUCAUACGAGCAUUGUCUUCUCAUUUUUUUAAAGUGACUUGAGAUGAAAGUUUUGCUAAAAAUGAAUGGAUAAUAGCUUUCCAAAGCACAGCAUGAGGAAGGCCCCCUCCAGUAAGAGCAGGUGAGAAAAUGGAGGCUCACUGCAGUACAUCCUAUAGGAAUAGCCUCACAUUUCCAGAAGAACAUGCAUGUGUCUAGUACAGACAUAGAGCCCAUAGUGUACACAGUAACUGGUAUCUUGUUUCUUCUGUACCUCCCUUCAGUGGACACACCUAGCAGGUAGAGUUUUCUUGUCUGCUUCGAGUCUUACUUUUCUGAAUGGUUUGAAUUUGUAGUCUGGUCAGUCAGCCUUCCCGUUUCAGUAGAGGGCCAAUCUUCCUGUUGUAAACCGUUCUUUUGUCUAUCUUCAGAAUCUAAUGCUACACUGGAACCUGUUACAAGAUAACAUUAAUUUAUUGAGAAAAGCUGGUGAUCCUGUAUCUGACUUGAAAUCAUACAGGAGCAGUGCCUGGGAGCCCAGACAGGUCCCCCGACGAAGCGCCGAGGCUACGCCAGAGCUGCGUUAGCAGAGGGACGUGUAUUUGGAGGGGUGCUCUUGGCCGUGAUGUAGCCCUGGGAUAUAUGGAUUGUAAACAUGGCACUGUGCAGGAAAAGGGGGAAGGGAGAGGAGGGAAGAGACUGUGGUUGGAGUAGGGCUGAUGCUAGACAGUUGGGGAAGAUGAGGCAGAGCAAAUAAAGCAGUACUUCCAUGUAAAGUGAGGCCCAUAGUGUUCCCAGGUGUU